AUGAUAAGGUGGUGGAAAAUAAAUACACUAUUAAUCUCUAACAACUCUCUUUCAAGCGAGCGCCCUGGAACUAGAGUUCCCUUUCCACUCUCUCUCACUCAUACAUCACGCGCUCACACGAACACCGCUGACUCGUGCACUAGCACAAAUGUACUUAUACUUAACAAAUAUCCUAAUUUUUAUGAUCAUGUGAUAUUCAUUAAUUUUCAUCAUAUUCAUUUUUAUAUCCUUUUUUUAGAUCCAGUUGAUAAUGAACAUAACAUAGAUCCACCUGCUCCUGUUAUAGAACCUGCAAUCACUGAUCCACCGGCUCCGGUUAUAGAACCUGGAGUCAUAGAUCCACCGGCUCCUGUUAUAGAACCUGCAGUAAUAGUCCAACAAAUUCCCCAAAUUGAUCCAUUGCCUGCAGACCCGCCUCAUCAGGAAGAUCCAGACGAUUCCAAUCCAGGCUCUCCAUUGCAUCCCGAGGCUGUUUAUAUAUCAGUCCGUGCUGAUGUACAUAGAGCGGAUCAGGAAGAGACAGCCACGGUUGAUCCACUGGAAGACGAAACUGCAAGAAAAGCUGGCACCAAGAAACCGAAAAAAUUGAUUGAUCCACCUGUGAUGGAGCAACCAAUUCCUCAAUUGCCAAGAUCUCGUGAAGAGGAAGAUGGAUUCGGUAAUGAGGAUAGGUUGAUUGUUGGAAAUCGUUUUGCAGGUGUUGUAGGCCAAGCUGCAGAGGGACUUGGUUGAAGGGCGCGAGAGCGACAACACGUGUCUCGAGCGAGACUGAUAGUUACGAUAGUUUUGAGUGGGAAGAAGGUGAGAAAAAAUAAAAAGCAAGCAAAAAAGGAGGAAAGAUAAAGUGUAAGAAGAAGUGUGUGAAAGAAGCAAGAAGAA